AUGGCUACAAGUGAUAAAGUGAGUGAGGAGGAUAUACAAACUCCGAAGAUAGAUACGCGUAGAAGACUGGAAGAAUUUUUACCUCCGCGUUCAGACGUGCGUGUAGACUCUAUUCGCGACGUGAAACUUCCGCCAUUUUGGGCACCGAGGCCUACGUUGUGGUUCGCGCAAGUGGAAGCACAAUUUGCUUCAAAUCGCAUUACAACAGACAAUGCUAAGUUCAACGCAGUGAUUUCCUGUCUAGAUUUUGCGAUACUAGAGCAAAUCGCUGAUGUGGUAGAAAAACCUCCAUUAGUGAAUAAAUACGACGAAUUAAAGCGUCAGCUCAUUCAACGAUUUACUGAUACACCGGAAACGAGUCUAACAAAAGUUCUAACAGAAUUGGAGUUAGGUGACAAACGACCAUCUCAAUUUUAUCGGGAAAUUAAAUCAAUGGCUGGUGAUCAAUUGCCUGAAGAUGCGGUGAGAGCGUUAUGGUUGAGACGGUUACCCUCCCGCGUGCGUGCGAUUUUAACUGUGUCAACCGAUACAAAAAUGAGCGUUCUCUCAGAAAUGGCCGGCCGUAUAAUGGACGAAUUUAGUGCGACAUCGUCUGUGUCAAGUGUAAGCCGAAACGUGGAAUUUACUCAGAUUCCAAAAGAGGAACCUGCAAAGAAAAACGUGUUGGACGAAAUUCUGGAACGUUUGAAGAAAUUGGAAAUGGGUGCACGACGAGAGCGAAGCCGUUCGAACAACCGACAACGUUCACGAUCACGAUCCCGACAAUAUGGUAACAGCGAUUGGUGUUAUUAUCAUCGUACUUUCGGGAAUAAAGCCAACAAGUGUCGAGAACCGUGCUCUUUCGUUCAAUCGAAGCCGGCGGAAAACUAA